UCUAAGGCUGAUCGUUUGGUGGAAAUGUCCACUGAGUUCUUCCUGGUGCCAGCUGGCUCUACACACGGUACAUUCAGUACACCAGCUCCGGGAAAGACCGGUCCUUCCAAGGGACGGGGGUUGACGAACUUCAUACAACCAUCAAUAUCAGCACCAACGGGCCCGCCACGUUCCGUACUGAUAGUGGCACCGAAAUCAACAUAUUCUACCAAUAGCACCUCAACACCACCAUCCAUAAUAUCCACAUAUCCUACCUUCACGGGACUACGUAAAGAACCGUGGGUUGUUCCCGUCUUGGUUCUAGCGUCUCUAACAAUGCUAAUGAUGGCGGCUUUUGAAAUAUUUGUGCUCUUUAAGGCUUGGAGGACGUCGCCAUCGCGAAGACAUUUGUUUUUGGGACAAAUGUUAUUGCUGGGUCUAUUUGCAUGCGCCGGUUUAGGAGCCAUAAUAACCGCCCAGCCAUCUCUUCUCACUUGUGGGACAAUACGGUUUGGAGUAGGCGUUUCAUACGCCCUGGUGUUUGCUGCUCUGCUAGUUAAGUGCGUGUUUCUCAUUAGUCUGAAUGGCGGGGUAUAUUUGCCAGCGCCAUAUCAAGGUCUGCUGUUAUUGUUUGCCGUUCUAAUACAAGUGGCCAUCGGAGCUCAGUGGCUAAUAACAACGCCUCCGGAGUUAUUUACCCUGUCGGUGCCGCUGGGCGCUAAUAACAUUCUGGCCAAUUCGAUGCCCGCACAGGGUGAGCGCUCUUCGCUGUCGUCAAUAUUCCAACAUAGCAGUAACGACAUAUUCGCCCGCAUAACAGCAACUGGCACCGUACUCAUACCUUUAUGCAAAACACAAUUCUCCGAAUUCCUCUUCUCGCUUAUCUACAUAAUAUUUCUGAUUGUGUUUGUUGCCGUUUUGGCAAUCAAAUCACGAGGAAUAAGGGACAACUACCGCGAAGCCACUUACAUUGGUUUGGCAAUUGGAGGUGCGAUACCCAUUUGGCUGGGUUGGAUGUUGUGCGGCUUGGCUGUAGCCGAACGGCACAAGGACGCGUGUAUUGCUUUCGGGCUGGUUGCCACAUCGGCAACGGUGUUUCUGGUAAUGUUUAUGCCCAAAGGAAGGCAGUUGGCCGCCAUGGGGAAAGAGGGACUAUACGUAGAAGAUCGAGAAGAACAAUUCAGUUCGCUGAGUCGAGGCGGAUCUGGUUAUUCUCCUUCGUUUUUCCACUUCAAGCCAAUCAAGUACGGCGUAAUGAGCGGCGGAGCCGGUGCAUUUCAGAAUUCUGCAUCGAAUUCGGGAAAUGGAGCUAAUAUGAAACAUUCGCCAAAUGCUCUAAACGCAGGAGAUCGCGUUGCAUUGGUCACCGCUGCACCACCGAGCUACACACGCAUGUAUCACUAUUUUCCAGCACACUUGACAACGCAUCCGUUUUGUUUCUACCCACAACCCCCACCACCGCCACCUCUGGCACCCGCCGGAAUGACACAAUUGCCAGCCCCGCCAACACUGAAACACCUGGGAAAUUCCUUGAGUUCCAUAACACAAGCACAUAUAGCACAAACUCUAAGAUAUCCAGGUCUGUUUAUACGUCCGGACGACACGAAUCUCUAUACCACGCUGGAGCCGACCUUAAGCAGCAAUCCCAAUGUCUACUUCCAACGCGGAGGUGCAGCUGUCCACCCGGGCAUGAUGUAUUAAUUGCAGCUG